CCAACCCCAACCCCCCCACACACACACACACACACAGAGAGACAGAAAUGGAGGAAACAGAGAGUAAGAAAGGCAAAGAGAGGUGGUCUCUUCAUGGAAUGACUGCUCUGGUCACCGGAGGUACCAAAGGAAUUGGCUAUGCGGUGGUGGAAGAGCUACUGAGCUUCGGGGCGGCAGUCCACACGUGCGCGAGAAAUGAGACAGAGCUGCAGUCGUGUGUGGAGAGGUGGAGGGGGAUGGGUUACCCGCGAGUGACCGGAUCCGUCUGCGACGUUUCGUCGCGGAAGCAGCGCGAGCAGCUCAUGAGCGAGGUGGCCUCCCUCUACGCUGGAAAACUCAACAUACUUAUAAACAAUGCGGGAACAGACAUAACAAAACCAACUACAGAGUACACUAAAGAGGAUGCUGCGCACAUAUGGGCCACUAACUUUGAAUCAGCCUUUCAUCUCAGCCAACUCUCGCAUCCUCUCCUGAAGGAAUCGGGACGCGGCUCGAUCGUCUUCGUCUCCUUCGUCGCCGGCGUUGUUGCGAUACCUUACGGAACCCCUUAUGCUGGAACUAAGGGAGCAAUGAAUCAGCUGGCGAAGAAUCUAGCGUGUGAGUGGGCAGUGGACCAUAUUCGUGCUAACAGUGUCGCACCUUGGUUUACGAGAACUCCGCUAGCUGAUCCGAGUCUUGACGAGCAGACACUGGCGAAGAUCAGAUCUCGCACGCCGCUCGGGCGAAUUGCAGAGCCGGAGGAGGUGUCGUCCGCGGUGGCAUUCCUUUGCCUCCCUGCAGCUUCUUAUAUCACCGGACAAACCAUCACCGUCGACGGAGGCAUGACGAUAAAUGGGUUCUUCUUUAAUUAGAAUAGAAUUUACCCGCUAAACUUAAUUAAUAUCCAUGAUUAAGUAAGAUGGGGAUUAAUGAGAGUUCCAAAGUUGUAUGUUGGCAUGUUGCUACUUCUCCAAAAGUCCUAUAUAUGCAGAUGUUCGGUAACGAAUGUGCUUAGUGCUAUUAUUUUAUUUUUUAUU